AUACAAAAUUUUCGUUUCAAAUGUUGUAUAUUUCAAUAUAUUUUUUUUUAUUUUUUAUUUUCAAAUUUCUUUAUCUAACUAAUGACGGUGCUAAUAACUUUGGCGAGAGCAAAUUACUUAAGAUAAGCUCAAAUACUCUUCGACGCAUACAGAAACCCGUGUAGAGUGCCAAGAGUAAUAACAGUGAGUGUAUUGAGUGAAUUUGGAUUAAUUAAAUAUAAAUUGUUUGCUUGUGAAUAGUGUAAUUGUGUUCUAAUAGCUAAUAAUCUGUAGUGAAGUAAAUUAAUUGCAAGAUUAAUGAAAAUAAAUAAUUGAAAGUGAUUCGAAUAUUUGUGGUCCGUAAAUGUUACAGGAGGCGUCGUACAAAUUCUAAACGAAAUCGUGAUGACAACUUCUGGUUUUCUAGGCAACUUCCUUUCCAAAGGCCUGAAGACCAAUCAAUUGGAGGUGAAUACCGAUGAGAAGACGUUGCGGCCCAUAGCACGUUUAAAAGAACCACGUGAUCUUUUCGCACUGCCGAAAGACAAGGAUCAUGAUUGCUCACAGCAGGCCCCCAGAUGGCCGAUUGAGUGUCAGGUCAUCGAGGAGAGUGUCGUUCACAUACCGUUUGUACCAGCACAACCGGAGCCGUACAAUCAGCCGUCCGGGCAUGAAUUAAAACCACGUCCGGUGGGCGAAGAGAAUGGCAUGGUGGUCUUCAAUUACAAUCCCGUUAGCGCUGUCAAUUAUAAGAAAAAAUCAAAAGCACAGAAUUCGUCUAGCGAUUCGGAUAUAUCAUCCUCCGAGUCUCGUGGUUCUUCACCCGAUUGCAGUACGCCCGAUCGUCGUAAGUUGAAAUUGAAGAAUUCUUUCACCAAAAUGUUGGCCAGUCUGGAACGACGCUCUUCGAGCAAUUCCAACGACGAAUACGAUGAAGAUGAUGAUGAAAAUGACGAUGUGGAUGACGAGAACGAUGAUGAAAUGCACGCAAAAACAGUCGAAAAGACCUUAACCAAAGUAAUCGAAGAGAAAACUGAAGCUGAUGAUAACGCUAACGAUGACAUCGAUGAUAUUUGGGCAAGCCAAUCGCCUGAAUACCAACCAGCCACGCCUACUUAUAUCAAGAGUCAAUUUGGCAAAGACAUAACAACAAUUAAAAAUAAGCAAAAAGCGCUCAAAUCAACAGCAUACACAUGUCUCGAAGACGAACCACUACCAAAUCUACCCACACGUCCCAUCGCACCGGUAAAAUUAAGUGAAUGCAAAUCAAAUGUCCAUAGUAACUACUCGUCAGGAGAGUUAGGUUGCCAGAUGGGCGCGAAAUCUAGUUAUAGUAGCAGCAGUAGUAGUAGUAGUAGUAGCUUAAGCAGUGACCUUGAUGUUGAGGCAAAUCGUGACAAGGCCAACGUCAACGAGGACGAUGAUGAUGACGGUAGUAAGACUUUGCGGGAAACCGUGACCACCACGAAUAUGAUGAAUUCUACGCACGCAACACUGGCGGCGGUAGCAAAAUUGAAAGAUCCAAAUUCCAAAUCAAUGAAUAAACAACUCGUUGAAAGAUUGGCACAAAAUCAGAUAUUCAAACCAAGCUCAUCAUCUGCGUCCAGUACAAUCAAUGCACAAAUUCAGAGUUUAGAUUUUCUUAGUGAUUUACAACAUUGUAAUGAUAAUCAAAAUAGAACGAAUGAUAAUUCCAAUAGAAAUAAUGAAAUUGCCAAUUCUGAUUCAUUAUAUGAUACUCAGUUUAGUCGCUCAGCAUUCGGUGGUUCUAAGAUCCUCAUGAAUUGUCAUCCCUGCAGUGCGGAGGAGUAUGAUGGUCUGGAGUUUGAGUCGCGUUUCGAGUCCGGCAAUCUGGCGAAGGCGGUGAUGAUAACGCAAACCUAUUAUGAGCUACAUCUGCGUUCGGAUUUGUACACGAGCCGUUCUAAGCAAUGGUUCUACUUUCGUGUGCGUCGGACUAGGAAGAAUGUUAUUUAUAGGUUUUCCAUCGUGAACCUGGUCAAAUCGGAUAGCCUGUAUAAUGAUGGCAUGCGACCGCUCAUGUAUUCGACCAUCAACGCCAAGCAGACACGUGAGGGUUGGAGGCGUUGCGGCACAAAUAUCGCCUACUAUCGCAACGAUGAUGACACACCAACAGGCGAGGAGGAGGAUGAAAACAGCUCCUAUACGUUAACGUUUAAUAUUGAAUUUCAACACGACAACGAUACGGUAUACUUCGCACACAGUUAUCCGUACACGUACAGUGACUUGCAGGAUUAUCUGAUGUCUAUACAAAAGGAUCCUGUCAAAUCGAAAUUUUGUAAAUUAAGACUUUUGUGUCGCUCGCUUGCGGGUAAUAAUGUGUAUUAUUUAACGGUGACAGCGCCGGUGGCCGACGAGGAGGCGAUGAGGAAAAAGAAAGCCAUCGUCGUCUCAGCGCGUGUACAUCCCAGCGAAACGCCCGCUUCGUGGAUGAUGAAGGGCCUAAUGGAUUUCAUUACCGGCGAUACGUUGGCCGCGAAGAGACUACGCCAUCGCUUCAUAUUCAAACUAAUACCAAUGCUCAAUCCGGAUGGGGUAAUUGUAGGCAAUACACGCAACUCGUUGACGGGUAAAGAUCUAAAUCGACAAUAUCGUACCGUUAUACGGGAAACAUAUCCAUCCAUUUGGUAUACGAAAGCCAUGGUUAAAAGACUGAUUGAUGAAUACAAAGUUGUCUUAUACUGUGAUAUGCACGCCCAUUCGCGUAAACAUAAUAUUUUCGUUUAUGGCUGUGAGAAUAAACGUAAUCCGGAGAAGAAGCUUACGGAACAAGUAUUUCCGUUGAUGUUGCACAAGAAUGUGGCUGAUAAGUUCUCCUUUGAAAGCUGUAAAUUUAAAGUGCAACGCAGUAAGGAGGGCACUGGCCGCAUUGUGGUUUGGAUGCUGGGCAUCACAAACAGUUAUACAAUUGAGGCAUCCUUUGGCGGCUCAUCGCUGGGCUCACGCAAGGGUACACACUUUAAUACGGCGGAUUAUGAGCACAUGGGACGCGCUUUUUGUGAAACGCUGCUCGAUUAUGGCGAUGAUACACCAAAUAAAGUAAAGAAAAUGGCUAAACAUAUGAAACAAAUUAAAAAGAUAAGAAAACGUGAGAAACGUGAGAAGAAAGCAUUGAAAUUGAAGAAAAUGGCCGAACAGGAGCGUUUGCGUUUGAAAAUCAUUGAGCGCCUGCUGAAAGAAGGUUCCAACGCCGAUGAACCACUCAAUAUACCACUCUCCGAUUACUCAAGCGAUGAAGGUGGUGUGUCUAGUUCGGAGAAUGAUGGACGCGGUUCGAGUUUUUCCGAUUUGGAGGGACCAUGCUGUGCACUGAGCAGAGCACCGCCAUCUACGCCCGAGGCCGAGGCACAGCAUCGACGGCACAAAUUAAAUUGUAUGCGUCGUGUUAUGCGUGAACUCGAUCGCAUUUACUUUCAACCGUUAUUCCAAAAGAAAUUCCGUUGCUUUAUGCGUUAUAAACGUACCAAACAGAAGCGUACCGAUAAGAAGAGUGCGAAAAAGAAGAGUACGGUUAGUGUCGAAACGGCGAAUAACUCAGAAACGCGUCGCAUACAGGGUGGUGGCGCGGCAGCUGGUGAUGGUAUUAUGAGAAAAGAAUGUAUCUUCGAAGAGAUCUUCCAAGAUGCACAUGAUGGCACAUCGAGAGAGAGUUUAGCAGUACGCUCACCGGGUUGUAACUUGAAUACUAAUGAAUCUGAUGAACGCGCAUUUCAUUCGGCGGAAGGUGGUACAGAUGAAUCGAAGCAAGAUUGUAGAAAAGUGUGGUCUAAACCACUGAAUAUUAAAAAGAGAGCUAAAGGAAAGUCCGCGACUAAGGAGUCACAGACGCAAUGUGUGAUGGUGUCGAGAAAGCUGCGUACGUGGUUGGCAGAAAGAAAAAUAUUUAUCUAUCGCAGUAAGCAAAAGCAACGUAAGCCCCGUCCACGCCGCUCGCACAGCAAUCGCAAACGCAGCGAAACACGCAUAGCACUGGAUCUACCCACCACAGAUCCCAGCGCCGAUUUAAUAUUCUCAACCGAUGACGAGGCAAAUCCACGUGAAGAGGACACCAGCCUGCCACAAUAUUGUAUUGCGCCGCGUGAGCGUGCCCGCCGUUUAUUGCAGAGUGAAUUACAACGGCGCUAUAUCGAAGAGAUUGGAGAUAAUGUUACAGAACGAGGUAGAGCCAAAAUGCCACCCGAAUUGAUUAUAACAUCACCAUCGAAAGGUACAAAAAUCACUAUCAGGCCAACUAUGACGCCGUCUACGCAGCGGCAACCCGAUGCGAUCGGUACACUCGAAUUUCCGGUGGCAUUUAAGCCGGCUAGGCGCACAAACUCAUGGCAUAACCUCAAUAAUGGUGCUCUCAAACCGGUGUGUAUGGGCCGACAAAAUUCACGUCUGAUGAGCUCCUACAAUCCCAACGAAAACAACAUAGAGGAAUUAGAUUUAAAACUUUCAUUAAAGAAAAAAUACUGGACUGGUCUUAAACCGGAUAAGUCUAAGGAUAUCGUGGAAUGUCAGCGACCACUCUCAUGGAAUCAACAAAUCCUGCGCCGUUCGCACCAAACGGGCCAGCUAAAACCACAAACUUGUGAACGGCUGAAAAAAUCAUCGCGCGAAAAUCAAAAUCUUCAAAAAGCCGAUAAUGAAGCAUUUCUCAACGCCUGUUCACAAAAGUUGAUGCAUUGGCAGCAGGAAUUAAGCAACACCAACAAAGCUUAUGGCGAUAGUGGUGCGGACGCUUCGCCAAUACUAACACGAAAAAUUGAUAUACAAAUGGGCGCCAUUGCGUUAGGUAUGCCGGAGAUUAUCGAGAAUGAGCGUACAAUGCGUAUUUUUAGAAAAGUUUCGCAAGCGAAGAAGGAGCUUAAGGCACCCACGAAGGAAGAGGUAGUAAAUGGGGAGCACAAACUCAGACGUCGCAGUAACGCACUAACAAAAAUCGCUGAUACAACACAACUCAUAGCGCGCUUAACCAAAAGUAGAUCGAAAACACGCAACAAUCACAAUUCCACCACUGCCAACCGCGCCAACAAUAGCAAUCAACACGGCGCACUCUCAACGCAAACAUCGAAAGGGAGCGUACAUGGCAUUAAUCGCUUCAAAACAGGUGGCCUCGUUGUUACCGCUGUGCAGCAAUCCUCAACAAAGAAAGUUAAAAAACAGCAUCGUAACAACAAAUCACAACAUUUGAUUGGUGGCGUCGGUGUCGGUGGAGCGUGCAAAAAGGAACAGAGCAGUGGUGUUAGUGGUGUUACAUUACUUAGUAAAACCAAUGUUUCGAUGAAAUCUACAUUGAGUUCCAACACAUUCGUACGCAAAGUAAAAUCCAAGCUUUCGAAAAGAAAAUCAAAUCAUUCACGCGAUGAACCGUCCAUUAUAGUACCAAGCGGCCGCUCUUUGGUUAACACCAGCGGCAUUAUUAUGACUAGCAACAGUAUUUACGGUCUGCCUUUGUCAAGAAAGAUGUAAUAUAUACAUACAUACAUACAUAAGUAACUGUUUAUAAACUGAUAAAUAAAAUAUAUAAUAAUAAUGUUAGC